ACCAAUCACAACAUCAUCCCCAUUACAAUCAACCACUGUGCCUCCAACCACAAUGGCAAUGAGAACUACAGUAGAAAUGACAACUGAUUCACCUUCCACCAUAGAACCAAUCACAACAACUCCAGUAGAAACAGCAACUACUUUACCUUCAACCACAGAACUCACAACAUCAUCCCCAGUACAAACAAGCACUGUGCCUCCAACCACAAUGCCAAUCAGAACUACAGUAGAAACAACAACUGCUUCACCUUCAACCACAGAGCCAAUCACAACAACUCCAGUACAAACAACAAUUGCUUUACCUUCAACCACAGAAGAAAUCACAGUAUCAUCCCCAAUACAAUCAAGCAGUGUGCCUCCAACCACAAUGCCAAUCAAAACUACAGUAGAAACAACAACUCCUUCACCUUCAACCACAGAACCAAUCACAACUCCAGUACAAACAGCAACUACUUUACCUUCAACCACAGAAGAAAUCACAUCAUCCCCAGUACAAACAAGCACUGUGCCUCCAACCACAAUACCAAUCAGAACUACAGUAGAAAUAACAACUGCUUCACCUUCAACCACAGAAGCAAUCACAACAACUCCAGUACAAACAGCAACUACUUUACCUUCAACCACGGAAGAAAUCACAUCAUCCCCAGUACAAACAACUACUGUGCUUCCAACCACAGUACCAAUCACAAGAACUCCAGUACAAACUACUUCACCUUCAACCACAGAACAAAUCACAUCAUCCCCAGUACAAUCAACCACUGUGCCUCCAACCACAAUGGCAAUCAUAACUACAGUAGAAACAACAACUGAUUCAGCUUCCACCAUAGAACCAAUCACAAGUCCAGUACAAACAGCAACUACUUUACCUUCAACCACAGAAGAAAUCACAACAUCAUCCCCAGUACAAACAAGCACUGUGCCUCCAACCACAAUACCAAUCAGAGCUACAGUAGAAACAACAACUGCUUCACCUUCAACCACAGAACCAAUCACAACAGCUCCAGUACAAACAGAAACUUCUAUACCUUCAACCACAGAAGAAAUCACAUCAUCCCCAGUACAAACAACUACUGUGCUUCCUACCACAGUACCAGUCACAAGAACUCCAGUACAAACUACUUCACCUUCAACCACAGACCAAAUCACAUCAUCCCCAGUACAAUCAACCACUGUGCCUCCAACCACAAUGCCAAUCACAACUACAGUAGAAACGUCUACUUUACCUUCCACCAUAGAACCAAUCACAACAAGUCCAGUACAAACAGCAACUAUUUUACCUUCAACCACAGAAGAAAUCACAACAUCAUCCCCAGUACAAACAACCACUGUGUCUCCAACCACAAUGCCAAUCACAACAACUAUAGUAGAAACAUCUACUUCACCUUCAACCACAGAACCAAUCACAAAAACUCCAGUACAAACAACUACUUCACCUUCAACCACAGAACCAAUCACAACAUCAUCCCCAUUACAAUUAACCACUGUGCCUCCAACCACAAUGGCAAUGAGAACUACAGUAGAAACAACAACUGAUUCACCUUCCACCAUAGAACCAAUCACAACAACUCCAGUACAAACAGCAACUACUUUACCUUCAACCACAGAAGAACUCACAACAUCAUCCCCAGUACAAACAAGCACUGUGCCUCCAACCACAAUGCCAAUCAGAACUACAGUAGAAACAACAACUGCUUCACCUUCAACCACAGAGCCAAUCACAACAACUCCAGUACAAACAACAAUUGCUUUACCUUCAACCACAGAAGAAAUCACAAUAUCAUCCCCAGUACAAACAAGCACUGUGCCUCCAACCACAAUGGUAAUGAGAACUACAGUAGAAACAACAACUGAUUCACCUUCCACUAUAGAACCAAUCACAACAACUCCAGUACAAACAGCAACUACUUUACCUUCAACCACAGAAGAAAUCACGACAUUAUCCCCAAUGCAAUCAAGCAGUGUGCCUCCAACCACAAUGCCAAUCAGAACUACAGUAGAAACAACAACUCCUUCACCUUCAACCACAGAAGCAAUCACAACAACUCCAGUACAAACAGCAACUACUUUAUCUUCAACCACAGAACCAAUCAUAACAACUCCAAUACAAGCAACAAUUGCUUUACCUUCAGGUGCAGUGUCAAUAACAAUUCCAGUACAAACAGCAACUACUUUACCUUCAACCACAGAAGAAAUCACAACAUCAUCCCCAGUACAAACAAGCACUGUGCCUCCAACCACAAUGCCAAUCAGAACUACAGUAGAAACAACAACUGCUUCAUCUUCAACCACAGUACCAAUCACAACAACUCCAGUACAAACAACAACUGCUUCACCUUCAACCACCGUUCCAAGCACAAUAUUAAUGAAAAUGAUGACAGGCUCAUCCACAAAGCGGACAUUUGAAAUUUUAACGACAGUUUCUAGAAUCACAACCGUCAACCCAAACACAACAUCUGCAAUAUCCCCAAAAAUGACAAUGUCAACAACACCAUUAGUGACACCCAAAAUGACAGCAACCCCAUCCACAAUAGCUCCAAGAACAACAACAUUAACGACAGCAUCAAUGACAACUAUAAUGACAACCCCACAGGCCCCAAUAACAGCAAUGUCAUCAAUUAGAAAUGUCAACCGAGUCAGAAUAUCAUCCCCAAUGGCUCCAACAAUGACACCAUCAACGACACCAUCAAUGACACCCAUAAUGACAACAUCUGCAAUGGCCCCAACAACUGAAUUGCCAAUGACACCAUCAACAACCACACCCACGACCCCGACGACCACAUCAACAACAGCUUUAAGAACAAUGUCAUCGACUUCAUCAACCAACACUACUACUGAACCAACCAUGACACCCACAAUGACGACAAUCACAUCCACACCAAUUUCAACAACUACUUCUACCACACCAACCACAACAAAUUCCACAGUGUCCCAACAAUGACAACAUCAACACCAUCAACGACACCCACAAUGACAACAACCAUAUCUACAAUGGCCCCAACAACAGCAUCAACGACACUCAUAAUGAUAACAACCACAAAGGCCCUUACAACAGCAAUGUCAACGACAGUACCAAAAACGACAACUCUCAACCCAAACAGAAUGACAACAUCCACAAUGGGCCGAACAAUGACAUCAAGGACAGUGAUAACCACAUCCGCAACGGCCCUAACAACAAUUUCAAUGACAACAUCAACAACCACCCCUACUGAACCAACCACAAGGACACCCACAAUGAUGACAACCACACCGAUCCCAAACAACCACUUCUACCAUACCAACCACAGCAAUAACCACAUCCAAAAUGGCCUCAAAAACAACAACGGCACCAUCAACGACAGCCACAAUCCACAAUGGCGCCAACAACAGAAACAUGAAUGACAGCAUCAGCAAACACAACUGUAACACAACGGCAACAUCCACAAUGUCCCCUACAAUGAAAAUGUCAACGACACAUCAAAAAGGACACCCAGAAUUACGACAACCACAUUCAAAAUGGCCCCAACAAUGACACCAUCAACAACCACUGCUACCCUACCAACCACAACUUUGACAACCACAUCCACAAUGGCUCCAACAACAUUAACGAAAGUAUCAACAUCACCCAUAAUGACAACCACAUAGGCCCCAACAAUGGCAAGAACAACACCCAUAACAACAACCACAUCCAAACUACUUCUACCACACCAACCACAUCCGCAAUGUCCCCAAAAAUGACACCAAUAACAUCAACAAUCACCAAUACCAAACCAAACUCAACAAUACCCACAACAAUGACAACCAAAUCUACAAUAUCCCAGACAACAUCAAUGGCCACAACAACCACAAAUGUCAAACCACCCACAAUACUGACAACUAUACCCCUAUUGACACCGAUGGUACAACCACCAUCCACUACUUCAGCAGCAUCCACAACUGCACCCUUAACAACAACAGCAUCAACAAACACCACUGUCAUACCAACCACACUGAUAGUCUCAUCAUCAACAACACCUCUAAUGUCAAUAUUCUCAACAACCACUACUUUAACAACAACCACAAUGGCCACAACAACAUCAAUCACCACCAUUGUCAAAUCAACCACAACACUCACAAUAACACCUGUAAUGUCAACUCCGGUACAAACAACAAUGUCUGUACCUCCGUCCACAGUGCGAAUCACAACAAGAACAAACAACAGCCACCACUUUAACCCUAACCACAGUGCCACUCACAACAACUCCAGCACAAAUAAGAACUACCACCUUAGCUCCAACUGUAAUGCCAUCCACGACAGCAUCUUAAAUACAAACAACCACCAUAUUAACUCUAACCUCAGAGCCAAUCAUGGUGGAAAAUCUGACAUGUACAACCACCACACAAUUCCUGCACAAACAACUGCUUUAACCACAAUACCAAUCACAAUGGCAAUUCCGGCACCCACAACAACCACCACUUUAACUCCAACCACAGUAUUAACUCUGGUACAAACAACCACCAGUUUAAAUCCAUCCACAGUACAAAACUCAAAAACACUCUCAAUUAUGUCCUCUAAGCCCACAAAAAAUAACUCUACUUCUGCAAAACAUCUGCAAAACUUCGAGCUCUUUCAGUCUGGAAUGUUUCCUAAUAAAACCGCAAUUUAAGACUUCUUAGAGCAGGUAUGGUGAUUUUGCUAUUUCAUAAGUGGGUUUGGGAGAGGAAACCUACACUUCAUUAUACUUUAAAAUUUUAAAUUAAAAAUGUAAUCAAAUUUUAAUUUGAUUAAAUCGGGGCAGCAUGGUGGUGCAAUGGUUAGCACUAUAGUCUUCUGUCAAGUUCCAUGUGCAGAGUUUGCAUGCUCUCUAUGUGACGUCAUGGGAUUUCCUCUGGGUACUAUGGUCCCCCCCCACCUGUCCAAAAAUACACUGAGGGCAAUUGGAGUUACCUAAUUGUCUGUAGGUGUGCUUGUGUGAGUGAAUGGUGUGAUAGUGUGCCCUGAUAUGAGUUGGUGACCUAUCCUGGGUUGUUCCCUGCCCUGUGCCUGUAGUUUCUGGGAUUGGCUGAAGACCCCACAUGACCCUGAAUAGGACAAGCAAUUACAAAAAAAUGGAUGGGUGGAAUUUGAUUAAAUCUUUACACAUUACUCAUUUGAAUAAUCAGUGUAUGUACUUCAUAUAAUUCAAUAGCAUAGUUGCAUAGUUUAAUAGUUUCUUUAUCUUCUUUAUUUUAGGAAGGUGCCAAUAGUAUGGAAGAUAUUUUGUAAAUAAUUAUACUGUUAUAUGUUAGUUGUGGUUGACAAUGUGAGCAGUACUUUAGCCUCACACAUCCAAGGAUGUAGCUUCACUUUCCACCGUGGACUCAUCCUUUGGAGUUUGCAUGUUCUCCCAUUUGUGUGUGAGUCUGUGCCCAAAUAUAAACCCUGUGUUUCCUAUAGGAGAGUUUCCAGACUCAGUGACUCCAAUAGGCAGUUAAUGAAAAUAGAUAUAUGGAUAUUUAAUUGUAUCAUUGUAAACAAUUAGUUUAAUAUUCAGAAAAUUAUUUAUGUUCAUUACAGCUACAGUUGAGUCUUCAACGAAGUUUUGGUGGCCCUGCACGAUUUACUUUGAAAGACAUACAACCAAUUUUUGCCCAAGGAUACUCCUGCAAUAAUGUUUUGAUUCCAAUUUAAAUAUUGAAACUCAUGUAAAUAAACGGGUACAGUCUGACUUUUAUCAACUGACAGAUAUUGCAAAGGAUAGCAUUUUUUGAAGAUACUUAACAAGUCAUACAUGCUUUUGUUACAUCUGACCUGGACCAUUGUAAUACCUCAUUUGCCACACAAACUUCCAUUGGUACUGAACGUUCAAGCCAGACUUCGAACAAGAUCAAACGUCUGUGAGCAUAUUACUCCAAUUUUUGCAUCGCUUCCCUGGGUACCAGUUCAACUGAGACCUUAUUAAUAGGUUUAUUGAUCACUUUUAAGACUUUGCAUGGUUGCAUGUGUAUCUGAAUUGCUAGUAUCCAUAAAGCAUUUUCUUUGAUGGCUUCAAGACGUUGAAACAGCUCACCUCCAAGCAUUAGAUCAACUGACUCAUUAACCAUUUUUAAGUCUCAUUUAAAAACAAACUUUAAUUGAUCAGCUUUUGCAGAUGCAUUUAUUUCCUUAUUUUUCUUAAUGUGUUUAUAGAAUGAUUUCAUAAAUUUUAUUUUCCUUAUACUUCCUAUUUUGUCCUUUUAUUUGAAUGUUUCAUUUAUUUUAUUCCUCUGUUGGUUCUGCCUGUUGUUAUGUGAAUCACUUAGUGCUGCCUGGCUUAUUAUUAUUAUCAUCAUUAUUUUGGACUCCUAAUAAUAAUAUUAUUGUCAUUUUUUAAAAUGAAAAGAUAUUCAUAUAGGGGCAUGGUGGUGCAGUGGUUAGCACUGUUGCCUAACACCUCUGGGACCCGGGUUCGAGUUUGCAUGUUCUCCCCAUGUCGUCGUGGGGUUUCCUCCGGGUACUCCGGUUUCCCCCCACAGUCCAAGAACAUGCUGAGGCUAAUUGGAGUUACUAAAUUGCCCAUAGAAGUGCAUGUGUGAGUGAAUGGUGUGUGAGUGUGCCCUGAGAUAGGCUAGCCCCCCAUCCUGGGUUGUUCCCUGCCUCGUGCCCAUUGCUUCUGGCAUAGGCUCCGGACCCCCGCGACCCAGUAGGAUAAGCGGUUUGGAAAAUGGAUGGAUGGAUGGAUGGGUCUCUCCUGUUGUCCUUUUGGUCCCCGAUCUGGUCUCUGCCGGUUCCUUGCCCAUAUUAAACCUACUUCACCAUUCUUGAAAAUCAAAGCUUAUUCUUUGGCUGUGAAAAGAAUAUUAUCCAGACUUUCCCAUUUUGUUGACAGAGAAAGAACAUGUUCAGAUUUCCUCUAUUUUUAGGAUGUCUCUCUUUAGCAUUCGGACAACAACACACAAUGGGUUCUUUGGCUACAAGAGGCACCGUAAUAACCUCAGAGACCAUGACAGACAGAAGCACAACAACUGCAACAACAGAUUCAACUCUUCCAUCAUCCGUCUCAUUCUUUUCCACAUCAGUAACUACAGUGGAGUCUCUUAAACCCCAGAAACCUCAGAUUGGUAUGGAGACAUAGUCACUGUGCAUAAAAUGUGUCCUAAUUGAAAAUUUAUUUGUUAGUAGUAUAAUGCCUGUCCUGCUCCCAAAACAGUUGCAAGUGUAGCAGCUACUCUUCAGUCUAAAAUUAGCCUUAAUGAAGAAAUAUUACAAGGUUACAUCAAUCAGGUAGCUGUAUUUAUAUACUUUUGUAUAAAGAUGUCACUCAGAUCUAUAUGGCAAACAAAGCAGGCGCAAUCAGCUGGGGACCCUAGAAACUACAGAGAUCUGCAAUUUAUUGUAUAUUGCACAAUUUUAUAAAAGCAUAUUAUCACAUUUUGAGUUAUGAGUAUAAUAUCUUAAUAUAUUUAUAAUAAUUGAAGAGCAAAACUCCCUUAGUCCAAGGGAUACAUGAACAGAGUAAGUUCAUAAUUAAGUACCAUUUCUGUGGACUUAGUGAGUUUUGGAAAUUUUGCAAAAGCUCUUCCUUGCAUUAAGGUCUGACCCGCCCCUUAUAGGUGAGAUAGGGGAAUCACCCAGGCCACCAUUUGAUUAGAGGGUGCAAAACAGUGAGUAAAAAAAAAUCAUAAGAAGUACAUGUGACUCUGUUCCAUGGAAUUACAGUUAAUAUUUCACUAAUCAUUACUGUUCAUGUGAAGCAGACUUGAGCUAGCUAGUUAGCAGACAGAUACCCUAUACUACUGAAAUGCUUUUAAUAUAAAUGAAUUGACAAAAUUUGUCUUGUGUGGGGGUUGGUCAAAAGAAUUCCACCUAGGGUGCCAGAACACCCAGGGCUGACCCAGCUUGGAUUACUUGAAGAUUGAGUGAGUUUUGAUCCCCUACGUCACCGGCAGUCUGAUCUCAAAAACAACAAAACUGGACUGACUGCAGGAGAGGCUAUGGAUGCUUUGGAACAAAGAUAUCAGCAUUGCUCUGAAAGGUCUAAGACUAGCUGUAAAUCUUAGUUACACCCCCUGUUCUUAUGAUCGUGAUCUUUUAAAAAUAUUUCGCAUUGCCCAUACGAGCCUGGUUCUGUUAACUGAGAAAUUUAAUUAAACGUCAGAUCUAGACUUCAAAUGUUACAAAAUAUUAUAUAUAACUUUGUGUAUAUUAUAUGUAUGGUUUUCAUAAUAGUACGCGUACGUGAAUAAAAUAACUGGUAAAAAAAAAUUCAGUGCUACAAUGUAAAUCCAUAUGCAUUAUUAAGCAGAAAAUAAUUAACUUAGAAUUAUUUGAUUGGAAGCUGAUAAUUUAAAAAUCCUGUUUAAGUGCACUUGGUUUUGCAAAUGUAUAUAUGUUUAUUGUCCACUAGGCAUGUGCUACUAAUUAGCCUGAAAUGAUAAACAUUAAAGAAAUGGGGUGGAACGGUAA